AUGUCUGGGGGAGGCACCGCCGACUGCGGGUUGCAGUUAUUUGUGAAGCCAUUUCAGGAUGAGCUGCAGGAAGCAAUUUCUGAUUAUGCAACAAGCAAGGAAAGAGAUGAAUAUUCAGAUGACUUUGAAAGUGAUGAAGAUUGCAUGUUAAAUGAUACCAGGAAAAAACUUAGUGAAAGUAAUUCAGGUUCUGCAAGCACUGAGAGAUCUGUUGUUGGGAGUCCUCUCUUGAAUGAUGAUGCUGAAGCUGCUGAUGACUUGAAUUUAUCCUUUCAUGAAAAGAAACUUCAGCAAAUAAUGGUUUUAGAAGGUGAAAACAUACAGAAUGACAGAGAAGAUGGCGAAGAAGGAUGUUUGGAAGGUCAAAAUGAGGAUAAUGACAGAAAAAGUAAUGAAGAAGUACUGCAUGAUAAUAGUGAAAGUGAUUACCUGCCUAUUAAGGAACCUAAUAAAAAAAGAAAUCAAGAGGAAAACCAACCAAAAGCAAAGCCUCAGAUACACAAAAACGGAAAUUCUUCAGCAUCAGACCGAGAUCAGAAGACUGUCAGCACCAGUUGCUUGAAACUGGAGGAGAAUGGUAGGAAAUCUCUUUCUGUUGACAGUUCAGAUGGAAUGAUGAAAAUAACAGAAGGGCAAAUAAUAACUGAUACAAUGCAGGAAGUGUCAGUAAAUGAUCCAUCUGAACAUGAGGAGGCAAAGAACACAUCUGAGAACUCUGUCAAGAAACUUAGUAAAACAAAGGAGAGAGUUCUACAAAACCCAAAGGCUCCUUUAUGUGACAGGUCUACAACUUUUGUGCAUUUAAAGAGACAGGGGAAAGCUGUUCCAUCAACUUCACCUGUUUCAUCUCAGUAUCUGGGAUCAUUAAAGGUGUUGGAGGAUAAAUGCACGCAGAAGAAAAGUCCAGAAUUCAACAAAGUUGAUAAUUUAAGGGCAGCUGUUUUUCAGAACUGGUUGGAAAAGAAAAAGCUCCUUCUACUGGAAUUAAAGAGAAGUGAAAAGGAGAAAGCUGAAAUUCUAAGGAAUAAUACUGAAAAGAAAGAAGCACUUAAAAGAGAAGAAUCAAUUGCAUGUUAUGAAGCCUGGAAAAUAAAGAAGGAGAAAGAAGCAAAGAAGUUAAGUGAGAAAAAAAAGCUUGAGGAGCCUGAGGAAAACAAACGAGCAGAACAGAAUAAGGAAAAAGCAGAAGCAGCACAAGCGGCAUUCAAAAAAUGGAAAGAAAGAAAAAUGGAAUAUUUAAGAGAGCAAAGCAGGAAGGAAAAACAGUCUGAAAGAGUGAGGAAGAAGAUAGAAGAGGACCUACUUGUGGAGAAGAGGAGAGUCAGUGUAUCAGCAGUUGAAAAAUGGAAUGAAAAGAAGGAAGAAUAUAUAAAGAAGAAGAAAGUAGAAAAAUUCAUAGAGAAAAGAAAGCGAGAAAUGCAACAGGCAAAGAAGGAAGAAAGAAGUGAAAAGGCUAUGGAGGAAUAUGAAAGAUGGCUGGAAAACAAAAUUAGGAGAAAACAGCUUGAGAAGAACCAAAAGAAGUUGCAGGCUGUCCAUGGGAAUGAAAUGAGUCCUCCCUGGAGGCCACCUGGCAAAGUCACAUAUUCUAGUAGUUACUGA